CUUUAUAACGUGCGCAUGCACGCUGACGUAAAAGGGAACUACAUUUCUGACCCAAAGCAGACAUCAUUUGUUGGUAGUAACUUCUUGACUCUUCAAGACUUCAACAAGCAUGACAUUGAACAGCUCCUGUGGACAGCAGCUGACCUGAAAGAACGUAUCAAAAACAAUGGAGAGAUUUACCAGCCAUUGAUCGGUAAAGCUGCUGCAUUGAUCUUUGAGAAGAGGAGUACCAGGACACGUCUGUCAUCAGAAACUGGUUUUGCAGCAUUGGGUGGCCAUCCAGCUUUCUUGACCACAAAUGAUAUUCAUCUUGGAGUUAAUGAAUCCUUGCCAGACACAGCGAAAGUUCUUUCUGGAUUUGUGGAUGUCAUCCUUGCUAGAGUCUAUUGCCAUGGUGAUCUCAUUACUUUGGCACAUGAGGCUUCCAUACCAAUAGUCAACGGCCUGUCUGAAAUCUAUCAUCCUCUCCAGUCAUUAGCUGACAUGCUGACAUUGCAGGAGCAUUAUGGUUCACUUUCUGGUCUAACUCUUGCUUGGGUUGGUGAUGGUAACAACAUCAUUCAUUCCAUCAUGAUGGCAGCACCUAAACUUGGAAUCAACCUCAAGAUUGCUACACCUAAGGGCUAUGAAAUCUUUCCAGAAGUCAUGGAGGAUGCUGUCAGGUUUGCCAAAGGGGCUGACACCAGCAUCUUCGUGACCAAUGACCCCAUGGAAGCUUGCCAUAAUGCCAACAUUGUUGUCACUGAUACAUGGAUAAGUAUGGGUCAGGAAGAAGAAAAGGCUGAGCGACUCAAAGCAUUUAAUGGUUAUCAAGUCACGAAAAAGAUGACUGAUGUAAUGGAUAAGGACUGGACCUUCCUUCAUUGCCUACCUAGAAAACCAGAAGAAGUUGAUGAUGAAGUCUUCUAUAGCAAAAACUCACUUAUAUGGCCAGAGGCUGAGAACAGGAAGUGGACCGUUAUGGCAGUUCUGCUCUCAGUUUUGAGAGAUCACGUCCACAAGACACCGAAGCCAAUCUUCUAGAGCAAGGAAUGGGAAAGUGUAUCAUUUUUAUUUUAUGUUAUGCUGAAAGUAGCUGCAACGGCUAUAACUAUUGUAAAUGUCUGUUUAAGAAAAAAAGAACAGGUAUUCUGCCUUUCAGUUUAUUUUACCAUUUCACUUCACUGCUUACAUAGAGUAAAUGUAUGUGAAGAAAAUUCUGCCUGUGUCACUUUUGCUGAGCAGUCUAGUAAAUUCAAGCACUCGUAUGACCAGCAGAUUGCCCAGGUCUGAAAGAAGCACCCUAGAAAGAUCUGGAGCAUUUUGGCAAAGGGAAAGGAAUCAUGUAAAAUGGGAAAGCAUAUGUACACUUACAUAUGUACACUUACAUAUAUUACUGAAUGUCCUGGUGUAGCUAUGGAGUUCCUGCAAGUUUUCAUGAUAGCCCUCCCAUACUCUUGUCUCCUCUCCUUUCCCUUCAAAACUAGCCACAAUUACCAAACUUGUGCCAAUGAAACCUUCCUCCUACACCCUGUAGAAGUUUUUGUGUACAAUGUUUAAACUUUUUCCUUGUCUAGAGCUACUGUAUUAAGUCAAACAUAAAUGGAAAUUCUCAGCAAAGUCUGAACCUAGUAAUCCAACGAAACAGUUAUGCAAUGACAUCAGUGUAGGACCAGUGUAACUUUAGAGGAACACAACAGUACAGGGGCCAUUCAAAUUUGCGGUUUUUAAAUUCACUUUUUUUCUGGAGAGGAAUCUAAGUCACAGAAAUAUUUCUGAAGUUUUUUUAUAAUUUCAUGUUUUCAGUUUGUCCAAGUGAGGAAUGCAUUCUGUAGUUGGUGGGGUCACUGGGGCCUGGUCAGUCCGUGUCGUUCUUGCUAUUUUUAGCAGCAAGAACCAGUGCAACAUGCAUGCUUCCCCUCAUAUGCUACCACCAAGCUGCAUGCGCGCAUGAUGUAAGUUGAUUCAUGUUUGGGGGAAACCUGUGGAGUUUACAAAUUACUUUAAAAACAAAGCAGUGAAGGUAUUCUUGCCACAAAUAUAAUGCACUGUGUCAAGUUUGUGAAUAUGAUUUUUCAAGCGAUUUAACCUCGGUACUUUACAAAUCAUAUUAUUUUAGAAGCUUAUUGCCAAAUUCUUUUUAACUGAACUAUUAAGGUACAAGUUGCUAAAAGUAAUCAUUUUGUGUUCCUUCAGUUAAUCGUUUGGGAAAAAUUGUAGUUUGGGUUCAAACCAAUCUGGAAAGGUUUUAUGCAUCACUUUGGGUAACUCACAGUUAGAUGUGUAGUACUACUGUUACGCUGUCUAUUUUUACCUGGGUCAUCAACUGUAUAUGAUUAGCAGUGCUUGUUACUGUGUGUAUGAAGUAUAUAGAACUUCAGCAAGAGUUUCAAGAGUUAAUAAUCAAGUAAAAGGUUUGCAGUUGCACCAUGCAAAGAUAUAUUUUAUGGAUCUGCUCUACCCUUGGCAAUUCAGAAUAUGCAUGUAUUGUGUGUUCUUUAUCACUGGUGUUAAAGGGAUAGCUGCAAUCAAUUUUUUUUUAAAUACAAACCUCCAAAAUGCACCUUUUUGUCUCAGUUAACUUUAUUUUCAA